UAAACAGAAAGGAAUGCGCAGGGACUUCCUUUUCUCUACAUCCCCCUAUUUUCCCCAAAUAUUAUUAGGAUAUUUAGAGGCUUGGAAGGCACACGCAAUGUAUCUGAGGUUGUUGGCAAAUAUGUUAAUGCGUCCUUGCUGAUUUAUCCCGUGUAACGCGCAGGGUUUACCACAUACCUCAGCUCUAUAUCUCGCGGUAUCCUCCUCCCUUCUCCAGGACACUGGGCAGCGCACCGACAUCUGGAUCAUCUGGGUCAACAUUGUGCAGUGCCGUUUUCUGUUAUGUAUGAUUUUUGUUAGAUAAUUUAAAGUGGCCAUUGACAACAAGCCUCGCUUACUGCAUAAUGGUCAACCUCUGCUGCCUUUUAUGCGGUGAAAUCCCUCAACCCCUCCCCCCUCUGUCCGGCCAGGCGGGACCACCGAGGGAUCCCCGCUCGGUGCAGCAGCAGCAGCCUGCUGGCUCCGGCCCAGACGGUGUGGGGCUGAAGGGGACACAAAAAGGGGGAGCAACCCGGGAGAAACGGAGCAAGAAGGAGUGAGUUUAUAAUCUCUCUCUGACAUGCGAAAAGUGCAGAAUGCUCUCCUCCGAUCCGGACUCUGCGGAGGACACGGCGGCCAGCGCUCCCAAUGAUGCUGAGGAAGAGGAGCAGGAGGAGGAGGAGGAGAACUCGCCAGCUGAGAGUGAUGUUCUGGAGGAGCAGCGUCCAGUGAAGCAGUCCCUGGGUGCUUGCAUCUGCCGGGAGUCCCAUUGGCGCUGCCUGCUGCUCUCUCUGCUCAUGUACAGCUGCCUGGGCGCGGUGGCCUGGUGUCAGCUGACCCGGGUUACCAAAAUCAGCUUCAACUCCGCCCUAACCUCCUCCUUCACGGCCUCCUUCACCUCCUCCCUGCGGGGGGCCUCUGGGAUGAGCGUUGGAGGACACUCAAUGAUCUACCACGACAGCCCCUGCUCUGACGGCUACAUCUACAUCCCUCUGGCCUUCCUGCUCAUUCUCUACGCCUUAUACAUGGUGGAGUGCUGGCACUGCAGAGCCAGGAGCGAGCUGCAGAGCAAAGCAGACGUGGACAGUGUGUAUGAGCGCGUGCAGCAGAUGAGGGAGGCCCAACCUUGCAUAUGGUGGAAGGCCAUCAGCUACCACUUUGUGCGACGGACUCGGCAAGUCACCCGAUACCGCAACGGGGACGCGUACACCACCAUGCAGGUGUACCACGAGAGAGUGAACACCCACGUCGCCGAGGGCGAGUUUGACUACAGCCACUCUGGGAUGAAAGAUGUAUCGCGUGACCUCAGAGGCUUGGAGGGACGCCCGGCAACUCGCCUGCGCUUCACCAAAUGUUUCAGCUUCACAGAGGCCGGUCCAGAAAAUGAUUACCUCAACCAGAGAGCCAGGUUCUUCUCUGAAAUUGAGGGUUUGGACGAUUACAUGGAGGCCAGGGAGGGGAUGCAGCUGAAGAAUGUGGACUUCGGAGAAAACCUAAUAGCCUACGUAGAUCCAGAUAGGAUGCCUUGGUACACUUCCCAGGUUGCCUUCUGGCUGGCAGCUCUGCUGAUGUUGUCCUGGCCUCUGAGAGUGCUGACAGAGUACCGCACUGCCUAUGUGCACUACCGCAUAGAGAAACUAUUUGGGCUAGAGUACAGCCCCUCUCCUCUAGAUGAAGACAGGCCUCUGGGGAAUAGUACUGGUUGUGGUAUUCCCAGAGUAGACACGCUGGACAGCACUGAGAUGGAGUGGCACAUACGCUGUAACCGUCAGGUGAUUCCCAGCUACUCAGAGGCCAUGCUGAUAAACAUGAGCACAGCAGACUCUAACUCAUUACAAGGCACCUCGUCCUCAAACUGCUUCCUUCUGGACAGCAGCCAGACUGCUCAGAGUUACGGCGCUCUGCAAAGCCAGGAGGACUGCGAGCAAUGCGAGGAGCUGAACGGACGAGGUGACGGAGGAGGCAGGAGGAGGACCAUCGCCAGCUCCAGCUGCUCCUCCAUCUUCUCCUGCCGGGGAGCGCUGCUCCACUCGCACCCCUCCUCGGACACGUCCCGAUUCUCUCUCUGCCGCAUGUACGGCUCCCAUCGCACCGUGUCUCUGUGGAGGAGCCACAGCAGCAACCUGACUGACCCCUGCUGCACCGACGAGCAGUGCUGCCGGUCCGACUCCAGCCGGCUGGCCCUCAGCGAUAGUCCACCGACUUAUAGGGACGCCCGGUUCUUCCCAGUGCUCAUUGUGCAUCGGUCUGAGGGCCGUGGCGGCGAGGACGGGAGGGAUGUGAGGCGAUAUUACAUACGCAGAGGGUCGUCCUGUGUGGAGACGGAUCUCUGAGGGACAUGGAGACACUUAUUGAUGAGUCAAGAUAAGAUUCAAAACAGUAAUGAUGGAUGAUGUUGGUCACUGUUUGCUCCAUAGACAGAAUGACAUUAAUGAAGAUGUAUGGCGCUCUUUCAGAAAAUUCCAAUGUAAGUGAAGUAAUAGUCACUUCUAUUUUUUAACACAGUCCUCUGGUUGAAUUGCACAUGCUGCAGUGAGUAUAAUGACAAUAAUAAUCUGAUUAAAUUGUGCAUACAUGCCACUGAGACAUGAAAACUGCAUGACAUCAGCAUCCUACUGUUUUCAUCACUCACAUUUCUCAAAAAUCACAGGAUACAAAACUUCACCGGUUCUUACAUUGACCUUGUAUAUGUUAUUAUACGUGUGAGGAUUGUGCCACUUAGAGGUGAGAAUAAUACAAGUAAAAAGUAAAAAGAAAAGUUGCAUGUCAUUACCAUAAGCUUUUGUCUUUUAGUUGAUCUAUAGUGAAACCAAAGACAUUUUUUCUGUUUUUUUUGUUUUUUCCAAAGACUUUUAUUCAACACCACAAAGCUUUUAUUGAUGAGUAGGAACAUGAACUGAAUGUCAAAAUGUAAGCAGUAAAAGCAGUCCUGACAAAUUAUUUUUGUAGACUUGUACCAUGUCAGAUUGAAGGGAAUAACGUGGCGUUUUUAUUCACUCAAAUGUGUUGAUUAAAUCAUACAUUGAAUCAUAUCACUGUUGCACAUUUCUAUAUUUUAAUUUAAAGUCACAAACAAAUGUAAACAGUCCCUGUUGUGUGUGCGCUGAUGAAUAAAAAGAAAAAGAAGAAGAGAGAUAAGUUUGUCCUGUGAUCAUGUUGAUCUGAGGUGACAGAUACUCUCAGCUCACUGGUUCCUCAAGUACAACUAGAAGGAAAGAAGCACUGGAAUGACUACACGGACUUCCAAUGACUCCAACCAAUAAACAUCCUUUGUGGUUGCCAGACCAAGUGUGGUUAGUACAAAUAUACCAUUUAUGCAAGCAAAAGUGUAAAUGCAGAAUGUUGUUGCCAUCUAAGAUAGAAGCAAUACUAUACUUUUACUAUGAUAAAAGCAAUACUUCAAAAACACUCCAUUACAAGUAAAAGUACAUAUUAUGUUAUAUUACUUCUCGGGAUUAUUAUCACCGAUGUAUGAAUGAGUAUGUAGCAUUGUAAUGCUGUUGUUGGAGAAGUUCAAUCUAU